UUUAAAUUAUUUUGCCAAAAUUAUUUCACCACGAGUCAGAAUCUGCUGUGCUGUCUUAUUAUAUUAUACUGACCUACCAACAAACAUAUGUGAUAAGACAGAAAACAAGAGAUGGACAAUACAAGGAAUCUAUUAUAUGUUGGUGUUGUAUUGGCUAUCAUGUUUAUAUGUUGUUAUGGGCAAGUGAAGCCAAAGGAGUGCAAUCUGUAUGAAGGAGAAUGGGUAUUUGAUGAAUCUUACCCUCUUUUCGACUCCCCAAAAUGCCCUUCCAUUCGAAAACAGUUCGACUGCUUUAAGUACGGCCGACCAAAUCGCGACUACCUCAAAUUCAGAUGGCAACCGGGCAAUGGCUGUGAAUUACCAAGAUUUGAUGGGAGGGAUUUUUUGAGGAAAAUAAAGGGCAAAAAAGUAAUUUUCGUGGGGGACUCGGUGAGUGAGAAUCAAUGGCAAUCGCUGGUGUGCCUUCUCCGUGAUGCUGUUGGGGAUGCUAAUGUCACCGCCGAUGCGAGUAAUUCUAUGCCGACGGUCACGUUUGAGGAGUAUGAUGUGUCAAUAUCAGUGUUUCUAUCGCACUAUUUAGUGGACAUUAGCACAAAAGAAGGGUUUGGGCGGGUGCUGAAUUUGGAUUCCAUAAAAGAUGGGGAGAUUUGGAGACAAGCUGACCUAUUGAUUUUCAACACGUGGCUUUGGUGGUAUCGCAAAGGACCUAAGCAACCUUGGGAUUAUAUUGAAAAUGAUGGGAAGAUAGUGAAGGACAUGGACCGCAUGCAAGCAUUUCGUAAAGCUCUAAUCACAUGGGCCAAAUGGGUCAACUCUCACGUCGACUCUUCUAAAACCACGCUUUUCUUCCAAGGAAUCUCCCCAUCCCAUUACAAUGGGAGAGACUGGAAUGAUCCUGGAACAACCGAUUGCUCGAAGGAGACAAAGCCGCUAAACGGGUCGACAUAUCCAGGUGGCGAGCCACAAGCCUUGCAUGUGUUGAAAGAGGUGUUGAGUAGCAACGUAUCCACAUCUAAGCCAGUGCAUUUGCUCGACAUCACGAGCCUAUCGCAGUUGAGGAAAGACGGGCACCCGAGCAGGUACAAUGGCUUCAAGGCCAUGGACUGCACCCAUUGGUGCGUGGCUGGCGUUCCCGAUACGUGGAACAACCUUCUCUAUGCCGAGCUAGGGGUUCGACAAAUAUGAUGGGAUUUUCGAACUUCUAUAUUUUUUAAUGUGUUUCUAAUCAAUAAUAUUUCGAGCUACUUAAGGUUUAUGAUGUAUACCUUCACACUUUUAUAAAAGUAGGGGUAUAGAUUGUUACGUUACGUUCUGUUCAAUGUCAUACAUACAAUAUACACGAAAGAGGGACUAAGUUGAUCGUCGGAGGCUCUACGUUGGGAACCCUCCUGACACUCUUUUAGGUACUCGGACAAAGAGGUAAAGCACGAUUCGGAGAUCCAAACAAAACCGGCUACGCAAAC